CGGCGAGGUGGGGGAGGGAGGCCCGUGUGUGUCUGUGUUGUUGUUCGGCGGCGGCGGCGGCGGCGGUAAGAUGGCUGCCCACGGGGGCUCCGCGGCGUCCUCGGCGCUGAAGGGGUUAAUUCAGCAGUUCACCGCCAUCACCGGUGCAAGUGAAAGUGUAGGAAAACAUAUGCUUGAAGCCUGCAACAAUAAUCUGGAGAUGGCUGUCACAAUGUUUUUGGAUGGUGGAGGAAUUGCUGAAGAGCCCAGUACCAGUUCAGCAAGUGUCUCUGCUGUCAGACCACACACAGAAGAAGAAGUCCGUGCCCCAAUUCCUCAAAAGCAGGAAAUAUUGGUGGAACCAGAACCUUUGUUUGGUGCUCCUAAAAGACGACGGCCUGCACGUUCAAUAUUUGAUGGUUUCCGAGACUUUCAAACUGAAACUAUUCGACAAGAACAGGAAUUAAGAAAUGGAGGAGCAAUAGACAAGAAACUAACUACCCUUGCAGAUCUGUUCCGGCCACCCAUUGACUUGAUGCAUAAAGGCAGCUUUGAAACAGCCAAAGAGUGUGGCCAGAUGCAGAAUAAGUGGCUGAUGAUAAACAUUCAAAAUGUACAAGACUUUGCGUGCCAGUGCCUCAACCGUGAUGUAUGGAGCAAUGAAGCUGUGAAGAAUAUUAUCCGGGAGCAUUUCAUUUUCUGGCAGGUUUAUCAUGACAGUGAAGAAGGCCAGAGGUACAUACAGUUUUAUAAACUUGGGGAUUUCCCCUAUGUUUCCAUUUUGGACCCACGGACAGGUCAGAAGCUAGUAGAGUGGCACCAAUUAGAUGUAUCUUCUUUCUUGGACCAAGUGACAGGAUUUCUGGGUGAACAUGGUCAACUGGAUGGACUUUCUAGCAGUCCCCCCAAAAAAUGUGCCCGUUCAGAGAGCCUUAUAGAUGCAAGUGAAGACAGUCAACUAGAAGCUGCCAUCAGAGCCUCCUUACAAGAGACACAUUUUGAUUCAACACAGACAAAACAGGAUAGCCGCUCAGAUGAAGAAUCUGAAUCUGAACUUUUUUCUGGUAGUGAGGAGUUCAUAUCUGUGUGUGGCUCCGAUGAAGAAGAGGAGGUAGAAAAUCUUGCCAAGUCCAGAAAGUCUCCCCAUAAAGAUUUGGGGCAUAGAAAAGAGGAGAACAGAAGGCCACUAACUGAGCCCUCUGCCAGAACUGAGCCUGGAACAGCCACAAACCACCAGGGGUUACCUUCUGUGGAUUCAGACAUACUAGAGAUGUCACCUGAAAAAUCAGAUGGAAUAGUGGAAGGCUUAGAUGUAAAUGGACCAAAAGCACAGCUGAUGUUGCGGUAUCCAGAUGGAAAAAGGGAACAGAUCACUCUUCCAGAGCAAGCUAAACUAUUAGCUUUGGUGAAGCACGUCCAGUCUAAAGGCUAUCCAAAUGAACGUUUUGAACUUCUCACCAACUUCCCUCGAAGGAAACUAUCUCAUCUGGACUAUGAUAUUACGUUACAAGAGGCAGGCCUUUGUCCUCAAGAGACUGUCUUUGUACAGGAACGAAAUUAACACCAUGGCCUGACCUCGCUCAGCUUACCCCUCUUUCCCUUUUCCUGUGAGAUACCAUAUCACUAAGUAUGCAUUUUGGCUCAUAGGACCAUAGAGCCAAAGUUGGGCAAGCAAGUCACCUGCCUUCUCUUUUAUUUCUUGUUCUCUCUUAUAAUCAGUCCCUUUCUCCCCCCUUUUUUCUCUUUACUAUUUUCUUUCCUCACCUCCCAACUUCUUUCUUUCUUACCUAAUCUGGUGACCAAAUGAAAGUGAAAGGAUAAGACCUCUCCUAGUACUAGCAGCAGGAAAUGUGUGUUCCAGUAAGUGGUCUCUUGCACGGCACUUUUUUGGGAUCAAAUGUUAGUUACUCCCCAGACUCCUUUGCAAAGGAAUGACUAGAUUCAGAAUAAGAACAAACUCCCUUUUUUGUAAGCCUCCAUUUUUAGUAAGGAGAAGAAAUUCUCUUAUUUUGUUUUGUUCUUCAUGUAGGAAAUAUCACGUAAUGAAAUAUCUAGGCUUUUAUUUAUAUGGGAAGAGCAUCCCUUAUUAUCGAUCAUCAUAUUUAAAAAUUUUUUCAAAGGAUUUCCAUCUACGUAGCUGUAAGAAUUAUUUCCAUGAUAUGUGUUAUUGGCAGAAUGAGUGUUAAAUGUGGGUGUGUAGCAUUGGGUAGCUUUCAGUAUCCCGGCCUAACACAGUUUACUUCAUUAUUACUCUCCUAUGUUGAUCCUGCUGGUCCUGUGGACAUUCAGCGAGCAUGUUUUGGUGACUAAAAUAGGAAGAUGCUUGCUGUUUUUGCCAGCACAGCAUAUUAGUUCCAUUAACCGCUGCAUUGUCUGGGUCCACGGUGAUCUAUAGGCAGCUGAUCAGUAAUCAUGCACAAUAAUGGCUUAUAAUUGUAACCACUACAGUUAUUGAUUAUCCUAUGUUCUUUAAGGCAUACUAGGUAUGCCUCUAGGAGAAAAGAAAACAUGCAGCUGAGAGUGGCUAACCGCGUUCCUUUGGUUAGAAAUAAUGAUUCAUUUUUUACCACUGGUUGGAAUAGUCUCUAAAAGGCUCUGAUGACUGAAUGAGCAUAAUUCCUCAUGCUGUUUUCUUUCAAAUGGUUAUCAAAACUGAAAGUCUCUCUAAGUGGAAGAUCUUUAAACUCAAUUCAUAAGCAAACAUAAAUAAGGGUGAUGGAGAUUACCAGUAAUCUUCAGAUGUUGUAAGUUUUUUCUGCCAAUAAAAGCCACAUUCAAAUUGUAGUUAGACAAAGCUUUUUUCAGUGUUAUUUAGAAGAGGCCAUCUUGAAUCUAUAUAAUAUAGUUUAUAUAUAAUUUUUACUGUAUGCUCAAUUCUUAAUUUUGAGUUUAAAAUAGAGUCCUCUGAAGGGGUAGUAAUGAUUCUGGUGGCAAAAUCAGAACUUGUUGUAAUAUCAUAAUGUGGAAUGUACCUAUUUUGUCAAUUGGGGAUUUAGAUUGAGUCUUCUACUUGAGGAACAUAAAUUGCUAUUGCACAGAGACCUUUAUGUUCCCAUUUACUUUAAGAGCACUCUCUUGGCAAUUAGGGGAGUAUGGGGGAGAAAAGAUACUGUGUGUUGCUAGUACACAAUUACAGAAUAUGGUUUCUAACAGUUGGAUUUUGAGGAACCCUCCCUAAGGAAUGAGUUAUUUAUCUCCUCAAAGAAAUCAUGGAAUAUCUGUUUAUUCUUCAAUGAGUCCUUUUGAAUUAAUGUUCUUACAUUUUUUUCUAAGUUUGUGUAAGUGCUUAUGUAUAAGUAUAUAAUUGUAUAAAUAUUUAUAAAUAUAUUUAUAUAAUUACAGUUUCAUUUAUACCUUGAGUCAAAGUUCUCUCUUUAGAUUGGUGACUGAGUAAUGCCACUUUGGUGUCUUUUCAUAGGCUCUGGAGCUUCACUAGCAGUUUCUAAUUUAUUGAGGAAACAUGGUUUUUAUGUUAAUUCCUCAAUUGUAUCUCUGAACUUAGAUAAUAUACUUGCUGUUUGUGAAGACUAGAGCUAUAUACUAUCAAAGGUGCACUGGAGGGUAAACAAUUUGUUGGUAGUGGACAAGAUCAGAAAUUUAAAAAUUAAGGGAGGCACAGGGUAAGAAUUAAGAGUAUGCUCAUCUUUGUGCUCUGAUGGCAUCUAUCUCCACUCCCAGCAAAGUCACAGCUAAAGCCCAAUUGAUAAAAAAUGUGAAGUCAAGAAUUUUUCCUAUAGGUCUUUGUUUCAUUCUCUUGCCUACUAGCUUCCUUUGAUAAAACAUACUCAGAGAACCUGAGACAACAUGUUCAUUAAUGAGAGAAUAUAGUUCUUUUUGAUUCUCUCUGCACUUGCAUAUUCAUUUAUGAGAAACCAAAGUGACUUUUUCAACUUGGGUUACUGUGAGAUAAUUAAAUGCAUAUAAAGUGAUUUAAGUAAGAGACAGCAUGAUAUGUUCAUCCAACUUAGAUACAACUGGGAUGUUUAGAGUACAAGAGGUAGAGGAUUUCAUUUUAAUUUGAGGUAGGAAUGUAAUUAUCUUGCGGUUGAUACAGAGGCCCAUGGGAGGAAUUAUGGAUGGUACAUGGGUAGAGUAAAUAAGGAGUGUUGCCUUCCUCAAGAACCUAACUCACUUAUGCACUACAUGUCUUCUGGUUUGCUUUAUCUCUUCUGCAAGUUCCUUUGUUCUUCUGGGGAGAGGUUUUAUUGAAUAGAUUACAUCAGUAAGGUUAGUUAAAAAUACCAUUAUAGGUGUUGGUAACAUCUUGGGAAAGAGUUGAAACAAUGGGGAGGAAAAGAACAAGAUAGAAGGGGGUGAGAAAAAUACAGGGAGACAGGAUGAAAACUGGUGGGGAGAAAGUGAGAGGCAUGCUUUUUUUGAAUUUGAUUUAGGAAGAAUGGAGAAGAUAAGAGAACAGUGCCAAAUGAAGGAAGAACAGGGAACUAAUUUUGAGUAACUGGCAUGUACUGAGUAUUCUGCAUUUUCUCUGUAAUUUUCCUAAAAACCCUACAAAAUGUAUAUUUCCCCCAUUUUAUAGAUAGGAAGAAAACAAGUGUAGAGAAUUUGUUCAGGAUGUCACAGUUAGUAAAUGGCAAAUUAGAAUUGGAGCACAGAAUCCAUGCUAUUUUAAUUUCCAUAUUAUGUUCUUCUACAACAGGGGUGUCAAUUUACCUAAACGAUUGUCUUCUCAUUGUUUUGCUUUGUAAAUUAUCGUUUAGUUUUGUUUCCUUAAAUCUAAGGGGAGUAGUUGAGAUAAAGCUUGUGGGAUUUGCACUAUGCCUGUAAAUUCUUAUUUAUGCCAUUAUUUUGAGAGGCUGAUUAUUAAUUGCUUUUAAAAAUGAUGCACUGAUGAAAAUGUGAAAGGAAAACAGCUGUGUGGCAUUAUUUGCCAGGAAUAAAUGGAAAGGAUAAAAGAAUUUUAUCUUUAACCAUUUUUCAGAAAAGAUAUGAUUAUCUUUUCUGCAUCCAUCCAUACCAGAUUAUUAAACCCUGUGUGUAUAUAUUUUAAAAUCUUUUAUAAAAUUCUACUUUCUCAACUCUGUAUAUCAACAAUUAUUUAUUGAGUCCUUAAUCAAAGCUGAAAAUAUUUUGAAAUCCAAGAUCCAAUUCCUGUUUAUUUUAUCCAUUUAGGCAGACACACUACAGAUGAGAUAAUUGGAGAACAUGUAAGUGUUUACCUUUCUGAGGUACUAUAAUUACAAUAGAAAUUUAGAAAAGGGAAAGAAUAGUGUAAGUUUUAGUUAGGAAAGUCUUCACAAAGACAUAAGACUAUGAGAAGUGGCCAACACAGUAGCUCAAAUUUUCUUUUGACUAAUAUAUGUUCUUUAGCUCCAACUUUUGUAACUUUUAGAUUUAGGGCAUGAAGUUUGUCAGUAAGGCAUAAUCAGUAUCCAAGUAGGAAAGGAUUACUGAUCCCUAGGACUAAAGAUUCUUAGCUAACAGAGAUAUCACUUGUACACUUAGGAGAAAUACCAGAGGGAGCCAGUAGCAACUGAAAAAUGAAAGAAAGAUUUAAUUUCUCUAUCCAGGUACAAAUUAAAUAUAUAGCAUAUUACAUGUGACACGCAAAAAAGGGCACUAUAUGUAGGUAUAAGUGUACUUGGGUAACAGCUCUGCUAAUUAACUGUUGCCUUGGCAAUUGUCUUUCUUUCUCUGAGUCUUGGGGUCCUCAUCUGAAAAAUGAGUGAUUGUACUAAAUUCAUAGAUUUGAGCCUCCUCAAGUGAAAGGACUUGUAAUUUUAAAAACUGGCAUGAGUAGGGAAUUGUGGGGCUAACUAUUAAUAUAAUUAACUCCAUAAAGAAAAUGUAAAUGUAUACAUGGGAUCAGAGACCCCUUGCAGAAGCUCCAAAGGCUUUCUAUAGAAAGCUCUAUGGGUUGUCGAUGUCUGAAUUAUAUCAUCUCUGAAGUCCUUUUCUCCCCCCAAAUUUUACGUUUCUACUCUUUUCCCUUUAUUGAAUAAUAUUCCUAGGCUAAUUAAAAGUGAACUUGUUAAUUAGUUUCUUUGCUUUUUUUCCCUAUAUGCAGGUAUAAUUUGACCAAUCAUUUGAUCUAACCUCACUGUGAUUACUGAAAUCUCCAAAAAGGAGAGUAUAACAGUUAUAGAUGCAGUAAUGAUCUUUUAAUUCAGUGUAAUUUUUAAACUUAAUGCUGUGUGCCUAUGAGUAUGACUAAAAUGUGUAUGAGACCCAAAUAUGUCACUGACACUGGAGUUAAAUUGUAUUUUACCCAUGUGCUUGAAGUACUUUAAUGCCUGAGUAAUUAAUUGUUGGGGAAUUAAUUUGUAUAAAUUGUAGCCUUCACACUUGGUUUUGGCAGAAAUGAUUUUUUUAAGAUCCUAUUAGUCUGACUUUUAAUUUUUUUAUAUUUUAGAGAUGGGCAUUUCACUAUGUUGUUCUACGGAAUUGCUGGCCUCAAGUGAUCUACCCACCUCCACCUCUCAAGUAGCUGGGAUU